AUCCUAAUUCAAUGUACUUUUCAACAACACUUUUUGUACUUCGCUUUUCCUUUUUCCCUCCUUCCAAAUACACGCUUCUACACGCUUAUUAAGCACAGCUUUCUCACUCUUCCUUCUCAACCUUCUGCAGAACCAAGAAGCACCGUCGUUCUCCGAACACCAACGUUCUCAAACACUCAGGAACCAUGUCAAGAGCUCCAAUCCUCAUGAAAGAUCUGGUCAAGGGAAACCAGAUAUGGAAAAUGGCUAUUAGGGUUGUUGAUUUGUGGAUUGUUACUGAAAAAAAUGGUUAUCAGCACAUUGAAAUGGUCAUUUAAGAUGGAGAGGUAUAUCCUUUUGUUAAUGUUGUUUGUGGGUUUCUUUACUUCUUGCCGACUGAUUUGUGUGAAUCUAAUAAAGCGAUUUGUUCAUCCUUUUAACAGGGUGAUAAGAUUCAUGUCACCACCAGGAACAGAGACUUCAACGACUGGGUUCAACAGGUCAAGGAGCAUGACACUUUUUUUCUUUAUAAUGGAGAACCUGUUGACAACGACGCCGCUUUGAAAGUUUUCUCUAACACACUCAAGCUCGUCUUCAACGGAGGAACUACGAUGACGAAUGUCGCCAUACCUGAAAUACCUACUCACAAAUUCUGUUUUCACCCGAUUGCAAACUUUCUCAAAGGGGACUUCAAACAUGAUUUGCUAUAUGAUGUCAUUGGAGUGUUGCAAGAUGUUGUUAAGACCCAACAGGGAGGUGGUGGAAGAAAAUCUUGCGUCAACGUCACUUUACGUGAUGUCGAAGGAAAUAGCAUUGAGCUGGUGUUAUGGGAUGAUUACGGCAAGCAAUUCAUGAACUACACUACCCCGAACAACAUUUCAGGGCCUACUAUCAUCAUACUGACACAUGCCUGGUGCAAGCCAAAUUCAGUAUCAGGUUUCCCGUGUCUAUCCAAUGCAUGGAACGGCUCAAGGCUUUACAUAAACCUGGAGCAUCCACAAGUCAAUGAAUUCAAAGCUAGUUUUGGAGCAACUGCUUUGUCCAAUAUACCUGCCCUUUCCCAAUCACUAACCUGCGAUUCUACCAUUCAACCUGUUAACAACUUCUGGACAGGCUUGGGUGAGGUCAAGAGUAUCCAAGCAAUCUCUGAUUUGGGAAAGGAUUGUUAUGCAACAACGAUUGGGACUACCGUCGGCUUAAGAGCCUCCAAAAACGGUUGGUAUUUUGAGUCAUGCACUGGAUCCUCUGGGAAUGCAAAUCCGGAACCUGUUACCAAAUUCAAAGUUGAAGUUGAGGUAGUGUAUGAUGGACACAAGGGAAUCUUCGUUUUUUGGGAUAAGGACUGUAUUCCUUAUACUAAACUGACUGCUAAGGAAAUAAGAGAAGUUAUGAAGACGGCUGGAGAGGACAACCCAAAAAUUUGGCCUGCUCAACUAGAUGUCCUGCUGAAUAGAGAACUCGCCUUUCGUAUCAAGUAUCAAUCACAAUACCAGCAAUUCUCAGUCGUGAAAAUACUUAACGACGAAGACCUUUACAACAAGUUUCACAACUACCUCACCACAAAUCAGAAUCCACCCAAUCCUCCUGUUCUAGCAAAUUCCACCACUGCUCCUAAUACAAGCCAAACACAGAAACAUCUGAACAAUCACUAUGCGCUAGAGCUGCCUCGGCUGCUAACCAUACUUCAAGUCCAAAAGCAAGCUCGAACACCACUCCUGCCAAGAGGAUUGCUAUGUCAACCUCGGUUAAUGAUCUCAUACUGGCUGAAGAGCUCACUCCUAAGCAAUCGGCCACAAAAUCCAAGCCUGGAAAGAAAAUUAAGCAUUUGAAGAAGGAGUAAUUUGGUGGGGUGUUCUCGGCUCUUUGUCUCAUUUUUUGAUGCUGUUUGUAGCAUAUAAUCAGUUGUAAGGAUUUAAUCCAACUAUUUAGUAUUUAUUUUGUUGCCCACUCUCACUACGAGUGUUCUAUGCCAUGAUGCACUGUACUUUAACUCCUAACUCGCGGCAGUGCUAUUUUGUGUUGUAUUCAUGCUGGAUUUUUAAUUUUUAUUCUCAAGGCAUUUUAUUUAUAUAUGUUGAUAUUAUUCUUAAUACUCCACUGAUAGGCAAUCGAAAUAACUUCAUAAAAAAAGCAAAUAGACUGGCCAUGAUAUGAACAAAUACUCUUAGAACUGUUGUACCU